AAUGUAUAAUCGGAGUAGUCUCCCGUUCGACUGAUAAUCAUUUACUUUGUAUUAGAUCGCAAUGUCUGAUGGAAUUGAUGAUAACAGCAAAUUAGAAAGCCUUGAUGGACUAAACUACGCAAAAGAGGUUGUUGCACAAAGGGUUAACCUACCACACAGGUUUGAAAAUAUCUUUAAAGACGUAGAGGUUAUAUCCGGAGGGAAUGGAAAUAUUGUAUGUAGAUAUACCAUUCCGAAGAACUUAUCCAAUAGUCACGGUUCAUUGCAUGGUGGAAUUAUUGCCAGCUUGGUAGACGCUGUGUCAACUUGGGGACUAUCAACUGCCACUAGACACCACAGACAUAUAAGCGUUGAUCUUAGUGUUAGUUAUAUGAGAAAAGCAGAGCUUGGAGAGACGAUAACUAUUGAAGGCAAAACAGUCAAACUUGGUGGUAGGGUUGCCUUUCUAACAGCAACACUGUUUGAUAAAAAUCAAAAGAUUAUUGCAACAGGGAAACAUACAAAACUGAUUUUGGAAAACAAACUCUGAUAUUUCUGACAAUUCUGUACUCACAGGUUGGUCGAUAAUUUUUGCAUCGUUUUCAUGUAGAAUCAACGAUGGCAAGAUGUACUGACAACACAAUCAAAAGUAAACAAAUGCUAAGAAUUGCGCAAUACAGACUAUAUACAAUAUGAGCCAAAGUUUUGCAUAGUUAGUUCUCACCCUUAAUGUGUAAUUUAUAUUUAAAUGGCAAUGAAUAUGCAUAAAUUAUGGUUUUUGUGACAAUAAAGACAUAAAUAUUUA